AUGGGGUCUCCCUUUGUUGUCCAGGCUGGUCUUAAAUUCCUGGCAUCAAGGGUUCCUCCAGCAUCAGCUUCCCAAACUGUUACAAUUACAGGUGUGAGCCACUGCAUCUGGCCCAAAUAUACAUUUUUGAUGAUAACACAAUGGGAGUAUCGAAAAUUCAGAUGGGAGAGCAGAGUCCAUUGUUCAGAAGAACAGGCAGAUCAGUGAAGUCCAAGUGUCUGAAAACCAACGCAGGCAGGGAAGAGUAGGUGGGCAGUUGGAGGGCCAAGAAAACUAGCAGCCUGAUGUGGCUGAUGAAGGACGGAAGUGGAUAUGGGCUUUCAGCCAUGAGCAGUUGGCAAUAACUUAGAAGUGGAGCCUGGGUGUGGAGAAGGAGCAAGUAGAUUUGCAAUUUUUCAACUUCUCUUACGUUUCAGGAGUUCAUCAGUGUAAAUAAGUUCAUUAAUGUCCAGGCAUAUUCACAUGCAUAGCUCCAUGUCUCGAAAUCUUCACUUGCUUGACAAGAUCUUAAUCCCAUGUUUCUCUUGUCUCCUUAAAUUCCUCCUCAGCUAUUUCUGGGUGUCCUUGGAAUGGUGAUGUCUCAACAUGGGCUUGGGAACACGUUUGCUCCUCUUCUUUCCACUUGAGUCCAGGGGCCUUGCCAUGGCCUCUGCACUUGGUGCUCUUUGAAAGACAUGAUUCCUGUGCACCCAACAGACCCCUGUGAAACAGGAAUAAAAAUGUCUCAUGGGAUGUCAGUGAAGAUUCAAUAAGAUAGUGUUUAUAAAGCACUGAAGAUUAAAUAAGAAUGUUUGAUUCCUACUAAAAGCUCAAUUAAUGGCUGGUGUUAUUAUUAUUACUGUUCUUAUUGUUAGGCAUGGUUUUGAAUUCCUCACCAUCCUAAUUGCCACUUAAAAAUGAACAACUGUCUUUGUGGAUAAAAUUUCAGAGACAGCAUGGGGACUAACUUUUCCAGAAUAUGAACCUAGUGCCUCCCACAGUGGUAGAAAUUAAAAUCCUGUGUGAAAACACAAAUAUGCCUGGGAGAGUUACUGGUUGUCAAGAAAGUUCUUUAGUUUCCUUUCUGCGUGAAGAAGGAAGCAGGGCUCAAGGGGCCCUACCAAGGCCAUGGAGAAUGGUAAGUGCUGCUCACAGCCACCCAGUCUGCGUUCUUCUUUCUAAAGGAGGUCUAAAGAGGUGGGAGUAAAUCAGUUCAGUUUGUAAACACACACACACACACACACACACACACACACACACACACACACACAUGAAAAUAUGCAAGACGGAAUCCCAGGGCCACUUUGGGGUGAGACCUUCCCCAUGAGCAGGAAGGAUGUUGAGGAACUAGAGCAGAGCCCAGGUGGGAAGAACAACCAACAAGGUCACGUGGCAGCUUGAUCUGGCUGGGAACUGAGCUCUGCAGUAUGCUUGGGAAUAUAAACAAUGGGGACAGAAAAGAAAAAAAAAAAGAUUUCAUUAGAAAUGUAAAAUCAACCAGGAGGGCAGCUCUGUCCUGCUGGCGCAUAAAGCCAUGGUGGAGGCCCAGGAAAGUUCUGUUGAUGGAAAACAGGAUCUGGGCAUUCGGCAGCAACAGAUGACUUAGAUAUGUUCCCUUGAUUUCAGUACUCUCACUUUUAUAUUGAAAUUAUGUUAUUUCAUUUCUCAGCACCUGGUAGAGUGCCUGCACAAGGACUGUGCAGUUAGCAUUUGCUGAACUUCACAGAAUUGGGGAUGGGGUGGAGAAAAGAGCAGAGCCAUCACGAGAGGGAGGUAAAAUUGAGAUAAAGAAGUUUGAGAUGCUCUAGACACCCUUUGCCUACUUCACCUUUUUUUCUGGCAUUAGCCUUGAGCAUUAAGAUGCAAAGUAAAAGCGAAGGAAAAGGAAGAGGCCUGGAGUGAGGAUAGUGCAUGGAGCUCAUCCUCAUGAAAUUCUUCUCUGGUUGCUGUUCCCAUGAGGUUACGCGAUGCCUGGGCACAGGAACUGAGCUCCUGGGUCCUGAUACCGUGUCCAGCCCAUAGUGGGGGCUCCCCAUUUUAUGAUAAGAAUAAAUGAGCACCUCCCAGAUCGGUGACUUGCUCCACCCCACAAUAACCCCGGGAGGAGGGUGUGGUCAGUCCAGCUGUACAGGUGAGAAAGUGAGCUGGGAGCUGUGACUUAGCCACACCCUCUCAGCAGCAGUUGUGAGAGCUGGGGUCACACAGUUGAUUCACUGCCAUAGGGGAAAAGUGGAGGAGGGAGAGGGGCAGAGAGCAAAGAACAACUCAGGAAAAUGAAGCAAAAGCAGAGGAGAAAUUAACUGACUGGAAAAAUGACAAUAGUUGGAAGACAGACGAAAAAGGGACGAGUGCAUCAGAGUGUAUUUUGGCACUUAUUACUCUAUCUCCUUUUUAUACUACUUCCCUUUUUCAACUUAAUAGUUAAGGCACGUCGGUCUAGUCUUCCCCGAAGGGAGCUUGCCAGGCUCUGCGACAGGCUUGGAAGUUGGAGCCCGGGCCCUGGGUUCUCUCAGCUUCCCGCUCAGGAGGCGGAGUGGGAGGAGCGGGCCUGGCGGCCGUGGGGGCGGGGCUGCUCCACUAACGGUUACUGGUCGCUGCUGCCGCCGCGCUCCUCCCCUGGCUGCGGCAGAGGCGCGCGCCUGCGCCCUGAGGAUCCCGCCCUUGGGCCGGCGGGAACCUCGCAGAGCGGCGGGGUGGCCCUGGCGAGGCGCGGGUGUUGGGGGUUCGCUCGAGCCUCACGACGCCCGCGACUGGGGACUCGGAACCUGGGCCAGGCUGGGACGAGGCCGCGCGGGAGGGCGCGCUGGGCGGACGCUGGGGCCGCGGAGCCCAACCGCCCUUGUCCUGGACGCCCCUUCGCGGUCCGCACUGGCGGGUGCCCUCUCCUGAGGGGAACUGAGGCGGGGCGCCUGCCACCAUUCGUGAUUUUCCGUGACUCACCCUCUCAACAGUGUCCCGUCAGCCCCCGCUUUCUGGAACUACGAUGACUUUCCAUGGGCAUUAUAGUCAGAGGAGGUUUUCUGUGAGACAUCUGGGAAAGGAUGUGAGAGGCGAGCGCGUGUCCGGGGAGUGCUUGAGCAACGCAGGAUGGCUUCGGUGCUGCGUUCCUUAGACCCGUGCAGACCCUGCUGAGCCCUCAGCAUCUGCCUCAAGAUCAUCUGCUCUGCCUGUCGCCAGAGAUCCAGCCCAAGAGUUUGUCCUUAUAAUGAAGACCCACAAACCCCACAGGAUCCCCAAGGACCUGAGUCAUCUGGCCCCGCCUCUUGCUGCAGCCUUAUCUGCUGCCACCAUAUUCUGGCCCAGCUUGCCAGCCUGCCUGGCUUCUCAGUGUCGUCUGGGUAUGUCUUGCUCCCACCUGCUGAAGUUUACCUUGUACCCUUCAUGGCUUCUGGGGGCACGGCCUUGCGGAGCCCCCCUUCCUGCUGGCCAGCUUGUGUUCACCUAUCAGAGGUUUGCUCGGAGACCUCAGGUGUCUGCCCCCGACCCUGCAGCCUCGUUCAGAGUCCUCUGUUAUAUUCCUGCAGGACUGGUGAGCGACCUUCCUUGCAGUUAUUGGUUUGUCAUUAUAUGUUUGCAUGAUUUCAUAUCCACCUCUUCUAGUUGAUCUUAAGGCUCCUGGAGAAAUGGGGUCCCACCUCUUUUCCUUAACAUGUGUAUUUUCAGUACCUGGUGCAAUGUCUGAGACUCCUGGCUGCAAACAGACACAAUGUGUGCUCAGGGACAGAUUGAUUUUCCACAGGCACACCCCACCAUCACUUCAAACUCCACCACACUAAAGUUAUUUUGCACAGAUGCAGACACUGCCUCAGACUUGUCGACUUUCUGGACGACAUUAGAGACUUUAAUGUACUUUAUCCUGAUUCAGCCUUCCACUGGAUGAAGUAACAUACUCUGUCAAAUCAUUUUGCUCCUGUCUCAGCCUCCCCCAUCUGGCAGGUACACCACUGAGAGGCUAAGCUUGAAUUAUUCCUCUGAUGAGUAUCUCUAUAGCUUUGUCAUCUCCAAGACUGGCUUUGCAACAAUCCUACAACACGUGUGUAUUCCUUAUAGGAUCCUCAUUGAACUAGGCCAGAUAUUUAUUUAAAUAUUUAGAAUUAUUUUUGGCUGGGCUGUAAACCUAUAGUUACACACACCUAUGCAGGCAUCUUCCCGUGUCAGGCGGUGUCUCAUUUCUUUAUCAAGAGGUAAUUAGUGCAAGAGAAAAAAAUGAAGUUUGAAAAAAACAUUUAAAAAUUGAUUAUGCCAUAUAAAGGGGGAAAGCCUUUUAAGAAACGAUUAUGGCAUGAGAGGACCAUGGAGUAGCUCAGUAAACAAUGGAAGGGGCUCGGAGGGUGGAAGGCGGGCGAGGGAUGAGAGAUCACCUAAUGAGAACAAUUUACGCCAUCACAGCGAUGCCUGCGCUAAAGCCUAGACUUUAUGCAGUGUCUCCAUGUAACAAAACUGCACUGGUACCCCAGAAAUCUGCACUAAAUCUAUAUAAUGAUGAUGGAGGCUGGGCGCGGUGGCUCACGCCUGUAAUCCCAGCACUCUGGGAGGUCGAGGCGGGCAGAUCACCUGAGGUCACGAGUUCAAGACCAGCCUGACCAAAAUGGUGAAACCCCGUCUCUACUAAAAAUACAAAAAUUAGCCGGGCAUGGUGGCGGGCGCCUGUAAUCCCUGCUGCGUGCGAGGCUGAGGCAGGAGAAUCGCUUGAACCCGGGAGGCUGAGGCUGCAGUGAGCCGAGAUCGCGCCACUGUACUCCAGCAUGGGCGACAGAGCGAGACUCCCUCUC